UGAUUUACAAAACGUGGCUUUCAUUCUGGAUGGUGACAAUGGAACAAUUUUUGCUUUGAUAUCAGCGGUGACUGUUGUUAUUAUCUCUUUAGUUAUUGUGUGGGUCAUGGGUUUCGGACGAAAUAAGCGAAAUACCAUUAUUCUCGUGGGCUUAUCUGACGCUGGAAAAACUCUUCUGUUUACCAGGCUUUACUAUGGUACCUUUGUUGAAACUCACACUUCAAUUAAAGAAAACAAAGGACCUUACUCUUCUAAACAGAUGAAAGAUGGAAAGUUACUUGAAUUGGUUGAUAUACCUGGAAAUGAAAAACUAAGAUCAAAAUUUACUGAUAAAUUUAAAGAUUCUGCACGAGGUAUAAUCUUUGUUGUGGACAGUGCCAACAUUAUUCGAGAACUUCAUGCUGUUGCUGAAUGCUUAUUUGACAUACUAAGUAAUAAGACAUUUAACAAAAUCUCUCCAAAAGUCCUUGUUGCCUGCAACAAGCAAGAUCUAACUACAGCAAAGUCAAUGAAUGUCAUCAAAUCACAGCUGGCUAAAGAAAUUAAUACCCUGCGUAAAACAAGAGCUGCAGCUGUGAGAGCUCUGGACGAGAAAUCUGUCAAUUGUGACGAGGUUUUUGUUGGACAGAAAGGAAAAGAUUUCAGUUUUGAAGACAUACGUUCAAUGAAAGUUGAUUUUAUUGAAUGUAGUGCCAAAGGCAAUGAUGAGAAUGACUUAAAAGAUCUUCAAUUGUGGUUGCACAAUAUCAUAUAACUGCAAGUUACAAUUUAAAAGUUAUGAUGUCUAUCUCUAUUAUACAGGUAAAAAUCUACGAAAUUUAUUCAUUUUUUGCAAUAAGUACCUCUCACGUUAUGGCCAUUAUGGAAAAUUGGAGGAUGAGGAAAAGCAUUCUCUAUUGAUGUUGUUCCUGAGAGAUUAAAAACACUUUGUACGUCGUCAAAGGUAAAUUGUAUUUGUACAAAGUACUUUGCUCUCAUGAUGUAUUUUCGAAACAAAUUUUUUGUGUGAGUAGUCACUGCGCACUCGCGGCAAACGACUAUGUUUUUUUGGUCAUGUAUGGAGAUCUUUGCCUUCCUCGUUUAAACUUACCACAAUAUCCACAAGAAAAUGGACAAUAAAUCUCCAUAUAAUCUUUAUUGUACUCGCAAUAUCCAUCAUAUUUUGUUGCGUAAAAUGUGCAGUUUUCUCUUAAGUCAACACAUCCGUCAUUCAAGUCUAAAAAUAAAAUUUUCUUAACUGA